AGUUUCAUAGCGAGUCGCAAGCGAAGCAGACCUCAAGCGGAAGCGAGCAGCUGAACCAUUCACCUACUGAGCCCAGUUAGCGAGCAUGACAUCGAAAUCGAAUCUAUAUCCAAUGCCGCCAGAUGCCCCGCCGCAGUAUGGCGACCUCAACGCGCCGACGAUGAUACCGAACGAAACGCUGCCGCCCGCCGUGAUAAACGUGCAACAGCCGCAAGUCUAUAUGCAAGGUGGAGCACAAAACAAUCUGGGCCGCAUGCCCACAUUUGCUGUCUGCCCCUCGUGCCACGCCCGACAGCAGACGACAGUGAAGCAUGAGCCAAGCACCAAGACGCAUCUAUUGGCCUUGCUCAUUUGCCUGGUGGGCGGCAUCUGCUGCUGCUGCGUGCCCUACUGCGUGGACUCCUGCCAGAGCGCAGUGCACACCUGCUCCAGCUGCGGCGCCUUUGUGGGCACCUAUCAGAACUGAAGCUGAACAACAACAACAACAACAACAAAACUAAAUACUUGACAUUACGCAUUUUGUGCAAUGCCUCAAAGAUAUUUGACGCAUUUGCAACAUUGCAAACGAAAUUUGUAAUCGAAAAAUUAUUUUUAAAAUUAACUUCUUCAAUAAUAUCUCACAGAUCUGAUAUGGUAUUUGUAUAUGAGCAUGCCUGCACGAUAUAUGUGCUA